ACGAAGGGCCAGUACGCUACCAGCCGUCGAGCGGAUCGAACAUAGCAGCUCGAGGUAGCCCGUGCCGCGUCGACGCCGUCGAGUUCCGCGAUUGUGGCCGAUUAUCGGAUGAUUCUCUCGUGUGACGCGAUGGCUCCGCAGGGGUCAGCAACUUUUCUCGCUGUGUGCUCCGCUCCGCAGGACACGUGCACGCGCGCGUGCGUAUCGCUCGCAAACACCGCGGCGGCUACGUGAUCGCCUCGCGACGUGAUAAGCCGAGCAAUUCCGCUCGUGAGCACUCCAGUGAACGCGUCGUCGAGCGUCGUCAAGGAUUUCGAGCAACAUGCAUCGCUGGCGUUAUUAAUAAUACGCCGAAGAACUCGCGAGAAUCCAGAUGUCCCUGCGUUACGGCCUGCAGGAGAGGUCUCUCUGAGGCAAAUAUCAUCCAGGGAUUUGUCAAAGAGCCCGUGGAGCCGAGCGUGGGUUGGGAAAGGGUGUGACUUUUGCUGAAUGCAUUAGGUUAAAAAUAGAAGGAAGACACGGGGAUAAAAAUCGUCGGGAACUUCACGAAGAAGCAAAUUGUGCGGUGAAUGUUGGAACGGAGUACAGCCGAAAGACUGUGACCUGCCGUAAAGUUCCUUGCUCCAGAGAACAUUGAGCACGAAGCUCGCUUCCGCAAGGACGAGGACGUCGACGCGAUAGCUGCAAGGAAACUCGGAAGAUCCGGAACAUGCAAAGAGUCACAAGGACGAGCCGCAUAAAUCGAGGCUCAUUGUACACAUUGAGCAGGUGAUUCGCUAACGAUGUCACCCUGAGGACCACUCGAGAGACGAAAAUGUGCUGCUCAGGUGGUCCAGGUGGAAUCAGGUUGACCAGGUGCGGCGUAGUAUGCGGGCUCGCUGCAUUGGCGGCCCUCAGCACCGCCCUUCUGGGUCCCACCUGGCUCCACACCGAGGAGAAGCUCGCCCUGCCGAAUCUGCCGAGAAAUUUCGCGAAUGUGGUCAGCGUGAGGUUCAAGCUGGGACUCUUCAGAGUAUGCCCGAGGAUCGUGAAACCCACCAACUUCACAUUCCACAUCCCCACGCCGGCUUGUAGUUACGUGAGGUACAGCAGCCUGGAGGACGUGAGGCCGCAGGAGUUGGGCUUUCGCCAAUUAGAAUUCACGCCCACGGUCGUCUCAAAAAUACGCAUCUCCGCACCGUUCCAAGUGGCGGCCGUGAUCCUGAUCCUCGCCGCGACAGUGUCAGCUUUGAUCGGCCACUGUAAUUCUGAUCACAGGACUCUCGUGGCCUGCGGACUCUUCCUCUUGAGCGGUCUUUCCCUGGGCGGUGGCUUGAUAGUCUUGGCGUCGGCAUUGUCGGACGCGUCGCUGGAACUACCGGGGAAAUAUAGUUUGCCGUCGCCAACUGGCAUGCAAAUGGACGAUAACGGUCUACCUCAGUAUCACUACGGCUGGUGCCUCCAGCUCUCGGGAUUAGCGCUGAUCCUUGCGGAAGUGGCGGCCGUUUUAACGAUGUCCGGCUACAUGGCGCGGUUCUCCACGGUUGAGGAGAUGGUGAGGGUCAUGGUCCCGGGUGCCGAGAGGAAGCUUAGGGAGCAGAGAGGGCUCAGCUCGGAAUAUCUCGUGAGGGCGCAUCAAAAAUCGCCGGGACCGCCGCAGACUCGACCCUUCGGUCAGCCAGCCAAAACGCCUCAGAAAGUAGCCGAAGAAGGAACUUCGUUGCUCUGCAAGUCGGCGCCCGACAUCUGCGCUUCAAACCCGCAGGCCAUCAGUUACGUCGAUAAGGCAGAUCUAUCUCACGUCUUGCCGGCCUACCCGGAAAACAAGAACGUCGAUCCACGGUACAGCUUCGUCGAUAAGUCGGAGGGUAGCGUCAUAGAUUCUCGGCUUAGUGGUUUCACGGAUAAGGAAGGCUUCAUCGACUCCCGGAUUCUGUCCGACUCUAGACAAAAUAUGAUUGCCUUCACGGAUAACAAAGAACUCAAUCAAGAGCAACGUUAUCCCGACUUUCCUGCGAGAAACACCGACCAGAAUGUUGUCGACUCUAGGCUGAGCGGUUUCGCUGACAAGGAAAGUCUUCUUGAUUCUAGAUUGAGCGGCUACUCCGACAAGAACGAAUCCUUGCUGGACACUCCGUUCGGUUACGACACCCGAUUCAACAGCUUGGCUGGCCAGACCGUUCCGAUCACGUUGAAGAAUCAGAACACGUCAGUGUCGGCUAUUCAGUCCCAGUAUAUAUAUCAGAACUUUGGGACGAUACACUCCGGCAUCCUCAGGGUAUCGGAGCCGGGCACUAGCUCCAGCUCAAACUCCAGUCAGCGCAGCAUGACCCUGCAGAAUCCGAAACGCAAGUCCCAGAUCGCUCAAAACACCUUCAGCACGAUGGAGUGCGAGAAGAGAAAGCGUGCGUCUGGGAUAGCCGGCAAAGCAAGCUUUUACACGGGAAGUGCUGUAUGACCACCACCUCCACCUCCGACUCCAAGGUAACUUCAAGAAGAGGAGACCUCACUGUAACCAGAAUUCAGUGUGACAACUUUCGAGGCGAGUUGGAGGAUUUAUAUUACAGAGGACGCAAACAAAGAGUUUUUUACUAGCUGACGAACAGAGCUCUAUCGACAAACGCGGUAGCGUCUUGUAUCAAAUAUAUCUAUUUAAUAUGUGUGUUCUCUCACGAGAGAGACGCUACAGCGUAUCUUCCGUACGAACGAAGAAACGUCUUUAUACGAACGUAUCUACACCGUGCUACCAGUGGUGCAAGAUUUUCCAUCGGUGAUGUAGAAAUAUACGUAUUGUCUACUAUUAAUCGCGCGUUUACUGGCAUACGAUAUAUAGAGAGAAGAAUGCGUUCUUAUCGACUACCGGUGUUGCAGAUUCCUGCAGCGGAGAAUAAUGCCAAAAAGUAAUCACGGUUUCGCAUCGGUGAAGUAUUGUACGAUUAGGCUGUCUGGAAGUAAUUGGACUCAGUGCAGAAUUCUUCGAAAUGUAAUUCAUAAGCGAGGAGAUAUAAAUGCAAACGUGA